GCGCUCAUCCGUUCCGCUGGCUGAGGGCUGAGAGAAGAGCGCUCGGGAGGAGAGUGUUUGGGAAAGCAGCGACACGCCGCUGCUGUUUUCUCCAAAAGAAAAAAAAAAAGGUGGACCAAAGUGUCAGGAGCUGCUAUUCCUUAUGCCAGCACUCCUCCUCACUCCCGUUUACUACCCCUCUCUCUCUCUCUGUAUCGCCGUGUCUGUCUGCUGACUUCUCAUUGACUCACUCCUCUCUGCUUCAGCUGGCUGACUGAGUGCGCUGACACUGGGACCACUACCUGCUGCCUGGGGAUUAAGCGCGCUAUGAAUACCCGGAGCCUAAUUUGUUGUUUUGGCUGCCAGUGAAUGUUGGAUCCCCACAGAGGAGAAGCUGGUGCAUAAAUCCUUGCGGCCAGGACACUGGGAUCGCUUCUGGACUGAGACAACCCAGUGAAAAAGGGACUGGAUGCUUGAGGAAGCAUAUGAAAGAGAGGCGACGAAUCAGAGAAAGAAAGAAAAGGAUUGGACAAGUUCUUUACUGAAAGGCAGAAAUAGAAGAAGCUAAAUCAACCUCAGUCUUACGAGGAUCAGGGUGCAAUGAGAACCUUUCCCUCUCAUUAUCUGGUUGGGAUUCUCAGUCAGGGUGCUGACACAAGGAAAGAAAGCCCAACAAAUCUCUGCCUCAAGCUUCUUGGUUGAUUUCUGAUCACACACACGUUUUUCUCCUUUUCUUUCCACGAGUACAUUCAUUUAGAGCAUCUCUGUGUUUUGCUGCUCAUCCGUAGCUGGUUGGGGGAGAGGACGGCUCUGCACCGACAGGUCGAGCGGGGAUUGGGAUCGUUCUCCUCUCCAACUUUUUUCCCCCCUCUCCACUACUUCUUCUGUCCUGCUUUCAGCCCCAGCGUACCAGCGGGGUGGGGGGCAGCUCCUCACCCACUCCAUGAGACCGGCCGGGAAUAAAGGUUAUUGAACCGAGGAGUGGCAGGCACGCAGGAGAGAAGGGGAGGAAAAACAAACCAUCUCCGCAAACCCCGGGAGCAUAUGGCUUAGCGAGAGGAAGCCAGCUGCUUUCCAGCCGUCCUACUAAUCACGCCACAGCAGAUACAAGUUGCUCUGGUGACAGUGUCAGGUUUGGACAGAUCUAAUGUGUCAUAGUCGCAUAACUCUUCACCGUGACAAACGCUCCCAGACCAUCAGCCAAAGAAGCCAGUCUCCAGUGGAUACAAGGAAGCAGUUGUUGAGUUAAAGACACGCUGGGCAAAGCAUUGCUCAGGAGAGCUGCUAACCUUUGUUACCCCAACAGGCAACAGCCUCAGGGAGGCUAAAAAAGAUGCUUCUCUGUCGCCUCUUCGGGAAAUACUUAUGACACAUGUUGUUGGUGAGCACCAGACCUUGGCUUGGUGUGUAAAGGCUUUUGACAAGGAAAGAAGGGGGAGUGCUCUCUGAGCCUGCAUCCCCAGACCUCUUUCGCAUCCAUCUAAUUAUCCGUAAGGGUCACUGGGAGCAGAGGAGAGGAUUCCAUUUGUGGAUUUACUUGCCUGGAAGUUUUCCGUGUGGAUAUUUGACAAUUCCAAACACCCACAUUCAAUCACACAGAUUUCUGGCUUAGGUGCAUCUCACACACAUACAUGCCAAAAGCGCACUGACGCACAUUUACAAACACAUUAUCACCACCCACUUAAAUCCACACACAUGUUUGCACUGUAAGUAUAAACCACUUCACAACACACACACAUAGUCACAGAUUGAAAGCCCAUUAGUUUGUCCUUUUCCUAGCGGGUACAGCAGAAUGGAGGUCGUGUGGACAGGUGGGGGGCUGUAGGAGUCCCUGUCCCCCUGUCUGUCCUCUUUCCCCAAAUGGAUGUUAUUAUCUCUAAAAAUGUGUUGCUUGGAAACCACUGAAAGCUUGCUGCUGCGAUUCUCUGACAGAAACAGUCACCGGGUCCUCGCCACGGUGCUCAGCUGGAACCGCAGCUGAAACACCGGCCAUUACACGUCUUUUUUUUUUUGUUGCUUUUUUAAUUUUACAUUCAUCUUCAUCCUCUGCCCUUACCCCACCGCCAUCAUUUUUUCCAACGGGUCUUUGGGCACCCCUCGUCGCCCUCCUCGGCCCGUCAUCUCCUCCACCUUGGAGGGGAGGGGGUCAUUGGAGUGGAGCAUGAGCGGGUGCCACUAUCCCUCACCGCCGCCACAAGAGCAUGACCGCAGGUACCAGCACAAGGUGUCCCUGGUGGUGCGCUACUUCAUGAUCCCCUGCAACAUCUGUCUGAUCCUGCUGGCCACAUCUACACUGGGCUUCGCUGUGCUCCUGUUCCUCAACAACUACAAACCUCCUCACUUCACACCGGCCCAGCCUCCUGAUGGCUGCAGAGGGAUGUUGUGUGGCUUCGGAGCUGUAUGCGAGCGUGACCAGACUGACCCGGCCAAGGCUGAGUGUGUUUGCAAGAGAGUGGACUGUCCGUCCUUGGUGGCGCCUGUGUGCGGCUCAGAUUCGUCCACCUACUCCAACGAGUGCGAGCUGGAGAAAGCUCAGUGCAACACACAGAGACGCAUCAAGGUUCUACGCAAGGGGCCCUGCUCUCUGAAGGACCCUUGCACUGAGGUGACCUGCAGCUACGGGAGCACCUGCGUACAGUCCUCAGAUGGCUUGUCAGCUAAAUGCAUGUGCCCCCUCGGCUGCGAGGGCAAGCCCGUGCAGACAGUCUGUGGCAGUGACGGAAAGGACUACCGCAAUGAGUGUGAGCUCCAUCAGCACGCCUGCAAGAACCAGAAGAACAUACGAAUGCAAUACCAGGGGCACUGCGACCCAUGUAAAGACAGUGAGAACAGUCUGAGCACCAUGUGCCGGGUGGAGGCUCUCACCCGCCAGCCCCUCAUCUUUGGCCUGCCAGAGUCGUGCCCCCCGGGUAAUGAGCCUCUGUGUGCCAGCGACGGCCAAACCUACGCCAGCGAGUGCGCCAUGACAGCAACUGGCGUGCAGAAAGGCAUCAAGCUCAGGAAGAUCCACGCGGGACGAUGCAGAAGGCUAGAGGACUGUCAGGAGGAGUGUCUCUUCAACGCUGUGUGUCUGGUGGAACAGCUGAAUGCCCGCUGCUCCUGCGAUCCCAUCGAGUGCGACGGCACUUACAAGCCCGUGUGCGGCAAGGACGGCCGCACCUACACCAAUGACUGCAUGAGACGCAAGGCGGAGUGUCUGAGCAGGACCCUCAUCUCCAUCAAGCACCAAGGGCCCUGUGAUCUCAGCAUACCGAGCCCCUGCCUGGAUAAGGUGUGCGAUCAUGGGGCGGUGUGCGUGGUCAAGAACAACGAGCCGGUGUGCGAGUGCCCCGAGGCCUGCCCGCAAACAUCCGACCCGGUGUGCGGAUCCGACGGCCACAGCUACGGCAGCCCCUGCGAGAUGCGAGCGAUGGGUUGUGCCCUGCAGAGGAAUAUUCUCAUCCAACACAAAGGACCCUGUGAUGAGGCUUGUGCCAACUGCUCUUUCGGGGCAAUCUGCGAUGCCCAGAGCAGGCAGUGUGUGUGUGCAUCGGAGUGUGUGGAGUCCCACCAGCCUGUGUGCGGCAGCGAUGGCAGCACCUACAACAGCGAGUGUGAGCUGCAUGUGCGUGCCUGCAAACAACAGAUGGACCUCCGAGUGGUCAGCCAGGGAGAGUGCAAAACAUGCGGCAACACUGUUUGUGCCUGGGGUGCCCGGUGUGUCCAGAACAAGUGUGAGUGCCCACAGUGCUCAGGCGAGCCCUUCUCUCCGGUGUGUGGAAGUGAUGGCACCACCUACAACAACGAGUGUGAACUCCGUGCGUCCUCCUGCAUGCGGAAGAGGAGAAUUGAUGUGGCGAAGCCCGGCAGCUGUGAUGAAGACUGCGGCUCAGGGGGGUCAGGCUCAGGCAUUGAGAGCUGCGAACAAGACCGCUGUCGCACGUUUGGAGGCUCAUGGGACGAAGACGCUGAGGACGACCGGUGUGUAUGUGACUUCACCUGCCAAAGUGUUCCCCACAACCCGGUUUGUGGCUCAGAUGGAAAAAACUACAGCAAUGAGUGCCAGCUGAAGAAGGCCAGAUGUGAGAAACAAGAGCACUUGUUGAUUCAAAAUCAGGGACCCUGUGCAGCGAUUUCAGCCACAUCUCUGCCUGAGCUGACAGCACCCCAGCACUGCAGUCUGUCUGUGUACGGCUGCUGCCACGACAACACAACGACUGCCUUGGGAGUCGGACUGGCUGGAUGUCCCAGUACCUGUCAGUGUAAUGUCUACGGCUCCUACAAGCGAACGUGUGAUCCAACCACCGGCCAGUGCUCCUGUAAGCCAGGCGUGGGGGGACAGAAGUGUGACCGCUGUGAGCCGGGCUUCUGGAACUUCCGUGGCAUCGUGACAGAGAACAUGAGCGGCUGCACACCGUGUAACUGCGAUGCCACAGGCUCCGUCCGGGACGACUGCGAGCAGAUGUCGGGUCUGUGUUCCUGCAAGACAGGAGUGAAGGGCAUGAAGUGCAACGUGUGUCCAGAUGGAAGCAAGAUGGGCAUGAAUGGCUGCGACAAAGGUCCUGAGGCUCUGACUUCAUGUGAAGAGUUAGUGUGCAAUUUUGGAGCUACUUGCAUUGAGGUGAACAACCAUGCCCACUGCGAGUGCCCUUCACCUGACUGUGAUGAGAAAAACAAAACCAAGGUGUGUGGCUCAGACGGGGUGACCUAUGCCGACCAGUGCCAGCUGAGGACCAUAGCCUGUAGACAGGACAAGGACAUCACAGUGCAACACUUUGGACAGUGCACAGAAACCAUCUCUGAGCCGGCAGACCGACCCACCCCCAACCCCCCUGCCACUACCCCCAGCUCAACCGCCGCCGCCACCUUCACCACCCCUGCCCCCUCCCACCCUAACAUGGUGUGGGCCAUGCCGCCUCCAAGGACAACCGACACAGAGACCUCUGAGCAGCCCUCGGCCUCCACCCACCCUCCCACCCCCAUCUACAACCAAGCAGAACCCCGCCACCCCAUCCACAUCCAGCCUCAGCCGCAGUCCACCGCUGCCACCAUCACCUCCUCCUCCAACAGGAGCCCUGCUCCCUCUGCCGCUGCAACCUCCUUUGACGGCUCAGGUAGCGGGGAGCCAAGCGGGGAUGACCAGACCGAAGAAGAGGAGGAGCAGGAAGAGGAAGCAGGUAGCGGUGUCCCAACAGAGGCCAGUGGGGCAGAGGAACCUGUCGGUCCCACGUUGGCAAGCACCACUGUACCCACAGCUGAAGACAGGUCAUCCUGUGACAACACGGAGUUCGGCUGCUGCCCCGAUGGCAAGACACCGUCCAGCACUCCAGAGGGCGCCAACUGCCCCUCCACCAUGAGGUUCAGCGGUUUCCUGCACUUGGACCAGGUUGAGGGCCAGGAGAUUUUCUACACCCCCGAGAUGGAGGACCCCAAGUCGGAGCUGUUUGGAGAGACGGCCCGUAGCAUAGAGAGUGCUCUCAAUGAGUUGUUCAGGAAGUCAGAGGUGCGCAAAGACUUUAUGAGCGUCCGUGUCCGGAGCCUGGCACCCAGCAACUCCAUCCUGGCCUUUGUGGAGGCCCACUUCAAACCAGAUACAAGAUACACAGUGGAGGACAUCGAAGGAGCCCUGCUUAAACAGCUGAAGGCCUCUAAAGAGACCAGCAUUGCCGUGAAGAAGCCAGAGGACGAGAAUAUUCGCUUCACCAAUUAUGGCCUCUCCUCCAUUCCCGUCUUCACCACUACUACCACCACCACGGCAUCGGUCACCACAGCUGCUCCCACCACCACCAGGCCUCUGCAAACCACCCCAUACGUCACCCGCAGGCCUUACAAUGGCAGACGUACGACCACGACCUCCGCGCCGGUCACCACACCACCACCACCCACCACCACCACCACCACCAGGCCUCCACCAACCACCCCGUAUGUCACCCGCAGACCUUACAAUGGCAGACGUACCACCACCACCACCACCACUACCACGACCGCGCUGCCUCCAGCUACCACCAUAGCCCAUGUUCGGGGCAAGCUUCACCACAAGGCCCAGAAGCCCUGCAGCUCCCACCCCUGCCUCCAUGGGGGCACCUGCGAGGAUGACGGCAACGACUUCAGCUGCAAGUGCCCCGCUGGGCGAGGAGGCUCCGUGUGUGAGAAGGUGAUCAGGUACUUCAUCCCAUCAUUUGGGGGCCAAUCAUAUUUGGCUUUCCAAACCAUGAGCGCCUAUCACACGGUCCGCAUCGCCAUGGAGUUCAGAGCAUCCGAGAUGACGGGCAUCCUGCUCUACAAUGGCCAGGAAGGCAAGAAGGACUUCAUCUCUCUGGCUCUGGUUAACGGCAAGGUGGAGCUCAGGUUCAACACAGGUUCAGGCACAGGCACAGUGAUCAGCAAAGUUAAAGUCAAUCAGGGCCGCUGGCAUCAGUUGGUGGUGACACGCAACCGCCGCAAUGCAAUGCUCAGCGUGGACAACGAGCCACACAUCGAGGGCGAGAGUCCACGCGGCACAGACGGCCUUAACCUUGACACCCACCUGUUCAUCGGGGGAGUGCCUGAGGAAAUUAAGCUGGAUGUGAGGGAAAGGACAGAGGUGGCCACAGGUCUGGUGGGCUGCAUCCGCUUGCUGGAUGUCAACAACCGGCUGCUCAACCUGCAGGAGAACGGGGGUGACAGUCUGUAUGGCAGCGGUGUGGGUGAAUGUGGCAACAACCCCUGCCAGCCCAACCCUUGCAAGAAUGGUGCUGCAUGCCAGGUCAAGGAGGCAGAGAUGUUCCACUGCAAGUGCAGCAAAGGUUUCUGGGGUCCAACUUGUGCUGAUGUCCAUGACCCAUGCGAGCCCAACAGGUGCCAUCCAUCCUCCCAGUGCCAGGCGAUGCCCGAGGGAGGCUACAAAUGCGAGUGUCCCAUGGGACGUGAAGGGAGGCACUGCGAGAAAGUGGCUGAGAGGAGAGGGGCUUACAUGCCACUAUUCAACGGAGACUCUUACCUGGAGCUGAAGGGGCUCCAUCUCUACGGGCAUGAUCUGCGUCAAAAGGUCAGCGUGACAGUGAUUCUCAUGGCCAAUGACUCCAACGGUUUGAUCUUCUACAAUGGCCAAAAAUCGGACGGAAAAGGAGACUUCAUCUCUCUGUCACUCAAUGAAGGGAUCCUGGAGUUCCGCUACGAUCUGGGGAAGGGACCAGCCACCAUCAGGAGUAAGGAACCAAUCCAGCUGAACGUGUGGAACACCAUCAACCUGGAGCGCUCCAACCGCAAAGGAGAAAUCAUGGUGAACAACAAAGACCCUGUCAGAGGAGAGGCACCGAAAUCACGCAAGAACCUGCAUGUAGAUCUUAACCUCAAAGAGUCUCUUUUUGUUGGCGGAGCUCCUGAUUACAGCCGACUAGCAAGAGUCGCUGCACUCACGGAUGGCUUCAAGGGAACAAUCCAAAAGAUCAUUCUGAUGGGUACCCCCAUCCUCAGAGAGGAGAACGCCCUGCGCUCCAGCAACAUAGCCAUGUUCCAGGACCACCCGUGUUCCCAUGAGCCCUGCCGCAACGGCGGCCGCUGCAACCCCAUGCUGGACACCUAUGAGUGUGUUUGCCUCAGUGGUUUCUCAGGGGGACACUGUCAAAACACCAUCUACGAGAAGUCUGCUGGAGAGACCGAGGCCAUUGCCUUUGACGGGCGGACGUUCAUCGAGUACCACAACGCUGUUACAAAGAGCCAACUGACCAAUGAGAUCCCAGAUCCCGAGUCUCUGGAGAACCCAUCUGAUCAGAGUGAGAAAGCUCUGCUGGUGAACAAAUUUGAGCUGAGCAUCCGAACAGAGGCGACCCAGGGCCUGGUGCUGUGGAGCGGAAAGGGCGUGGAGCGCUCUGACUACAUCGCCCUGGCCAUUGUGGAUGGACACGUCCAGAUGACAUACGACUUGGGCUCCAAGCCUGUGGUGCUACGCUCCUCCGUGCGCGUCGACACCAACCGCUGGAUACGCAUCAAGGCUAGCAGAGCACUUAGAGACGGUUCUCUACAGGUUGGCAAUGAGGCAGCGGUAACAGGGUCAUCGCCUUUGGCAGCAACACAGCUGGACACAGACGGAGCACUGUGGUUGGGUGGUCUGGAGGAGCUGGCGGUGGCCCGUCGGUUGCCUAAGGCCUACAGCACCGGCUUUGUUGGUUGCAUCAAGGACGUGGUGGUGGACGGUGUGGAGCUUCAUCUGGUGGAAGACGCCUUAAACAGCCCCAAAAUAUUACACUGUCCCGCCGCCAAAUAACCCAGCAGAGACAAAAUAUUGAGAAAAAGGAAAAAAAAGCAAACCUCCCACUCGCUCCCUCCAUAGCACCCAUGUCUCCUGCUGUAAUUAUUUUCUAUUUUUGUAUACUUUUCAUCGCUUUUUAUAUGGAAAGAAAAUGAAUAUGUUGUUUUAAUUUUUGUUUUAUAUAUUUUGUUCUGUUUUUUUUAAUCUGCACCUCCAUAAACAGAACACAUUUUCUUUUUCUUUACUGCCCUGACCCUUCAUCUUUUUCAAAAAAGCAGGCAUCUCUGUGAAAAAAAGAGAUAUUUUAUUCUUGUCAGUUUUGUUGUUUUAAAACAAACGCCAACUUUAAAAAGAAAAAAAAAGGCCUGCUCUUUUUCCACGCUCAUUACUUGAACACUGGUGGACCUCGCCGCUGAUCUCUGGUUACUGCCUUGUCUUGGUGCCAUAUCUAUCGUCCACAUUCCCCAAGCAUGGCCUAUACAUCCAUGAUUACACAGACGUACAUUCCUCCCGUGAAAGCUGGAUGCAGUGUACGCUGUGGCCGGCGUGCGCAGCUCUUUGAUGCUGCAGCCAGCUGGCGUCUCCAGUCAAGAAACUCUGUAAUCAGCCCCGGUAGCCCACUGUAUUUUCCUAAUGGGACUUUUCAGAUAUCAGUCAAGCUGCUACAGUGAGAAAGUACACAGUCAAAACCACUCCAUCAGCCCCCAUCUCACAGCGCCGAAAAAAAGAAAGAAAAGAAAAAACUCUCCGCUCAAUCUGAAUCCCAUCAGAGCCUUUAGUUUUGAAAUAUGACUCACUAACACUGCAAGCCGACAUGACGGAGAGAGCGCUGCGUUCCACAAUGACUCGCAUAUCAUUAGUCAUAAGUCAAGACAUGAAUAAACGUUAUAAAUAUAGAGUAUAUAAAUAAUACCUGAGACUGUGAAUAUGUAAGAUGGGUUCUCUUUGGAGAAUUGUGCUUCUGAUGUACUAUUGUGCGUUCUGUUUUACAAUCCGCAGAUGAACUAAUGAUGACCACUAUAAAUGCAUGCACUUCUGCAGUGUUGGUUUGAAUCUGGUUUUUGUUUGUUUUUAUUUUUGUUUCGUUCCAAAAAAAAAAAAAAAUCUAUCUAAUUUGGAAAAUGUCACUGUUUCGGGGUUUGUUUGUUUUUUUUGCAAUGACUACAAAAAGGUUUUUUUCUCUUAAUUCCACUGAUGUGAUUUCAGAAACUACAGAGCUUGGAAUAAUGUUUUAUAUUUGCUCAUUCCCUGUAUCUUUUUUGAUCUUUUUUUAUUUUCCUUGGGAGCAGUUAGUUUUGCAGGACCUUGAAUGGUGCAUCAGGGGAAGAGUUGUUACCAUAUCUGACCUUAGGGAGGUGCUGAAAGCAAAGACUGAAGAAAAAGGACAGACAGAAAGGAGGCAAGGAGAGAUCUUAUCAUGGGGAGUCCUGUCCUGUCAAACAACAGUCAGUCGUCAACACAAACAAAAAAAAGCUUCAAAAAAACUCUGCCCAAGACUUUAUUUCUUUUGGUAUUUGACCUAGGACCAUUCCUGGAGGAGUCUUUUUUUCGGCUGUUGAGAAAGAGAGAGACUGUGAUGUUGUUGUGACCUUCUGAAGCCAUAACAGCCGCAAAAAUGGGAGAAAGAUGCAUAAUCCUACAGUACUUGCAAAUUAACAUAGUAACGCAUGGGUUUGUAUUACUAGUGCGAAUUCUGUAACAUUCAGUGAACUGAUGCAACGUGGAGUCGUCUUUGCUGAACCACAAUAAGCUGCGAUGACUGACUUAAGGACACUUGUUUUGAUAUGAGAACUUUGGCAAUAUUCUAAGACAAAAUCAUGCCUGUUUGUGGUUGAGUAUCAAAUGGUCUUGUGCUAUAUCUUUCUUUCUUUCUUAAGUUCUUAAUUAUGUUUUCUUCUUAAAUCAUCAAACAACCUGUUUUUGUACAGCCCUGCAAUUUUUAAGUGUAAAUUUAGCAAAUGUGUUAUCUGUGGAGGUUUAUGUUUUUAGUAAUAUACACUGGAACCAUGUCUGACUUGUCUGUUCGCCCACAAGAUGAUAUACUUAUGUACAUGGGGGAGGGAUAGCCCUAAAGCUAUUACUGUGUUGUGUGUAAUCAAGCUCUGAGUGUCCACACCAGAUCAGGAAACCCUUUUCCUGGUGUCCUAAGACACGUUUAAAUUCCAGCACUCACACUAUUAACCUUAGACUGGUCUUAUUUUACCACACUGUUGUUUGAAUUUGAUCCAUUCAGGUGGUAAUGCUCAAUAAAGGAGAGAUUCCUGUGUAUUUGAAUGGACUCAAGAACAAUAAAGACAACCGCAGUCUGUGGUUUGGGUGGAAACUAUUUGCCUUAAAAACCGGUCACCUCGACUCUGAGCAGGUGACAAAGACGUCAUCCAUAUAACUGUUUCCUUAUUUUAGCCAGUGUAUUAGCCUCAUCCCCAUAAUGUAAAGGAGUAAUACAUAAUAAUGAUAAUUAUAUUAGUAAUAAUACACAUACACAAAAAAAUCCCAGGGGGCCUCUGCAAAUGUCCCCUCUGGCUUUUUACAAAAAAUCUUCUAUUUACUGUUUUUGGAAUCUAUUUUCUGUUCCUUAUUUAUGUCUACAUGUGGAUUACCCUCCAUGUCUGGCCUCUGUAAACUACUGUCCAACUGCGCAAACCUCCUCAAAGGGCAGUGCACCAAGAAAGAGUGGCAUGACCUGAACAUUACUAACUUUAUGACCUUUGUCUUGUGUUCCUACCACCAUGAAAUAAAAUGUCAACCAAAUGGA